GAGUAUUUGAAAGUGUUCGUCACAGCUGACGUCUUUUCUCUUUGUUCUCGGACUACUGAGCGACUACCGCGUUUACAUUCUAAUAAGUCAAAUCCAAAACACUUAAAUUACCAUUUAUACCAAAAUUUCACGUUUUUACUCGAUAAAAAAUAAUACUCUGCUCACAUAUAAAAAAGAUGGCAGCCCAACCAGAAACCCUUAAAUUUAGUCCACAAUGGAUAAGGGAUUUAUCAGAUGGUGCAUUUAAUUCUAGAAGACAUUCAAGUCGGAGUCCAACCGAAGAUGUCAUUUCGAGCAGGUGUCCUGUGUCGUCCUCAAAUCAUAUGCAAAAACACUCGUCUAAAAGCACAGAUGUUUCUAGCUUGGCUCGUGGGGAUAGAAAGAAAGGUUUAAGAUGAAUUUAGUUUAUUUGUUUCUGUAAGAUUUGGUUUCAGAUAAUGUCGGACAGCCCGUAUGGUCCGGAGAGUCUAUACGUUCUACUGAAUCGGGAUGCGAGGCAGAUAGACAAGGUCAGUCUUCUGGAGAGCCAUCGAAACAAUACUCACAAUGCAUGUCAUCUAAUUCAAUGUAUGCUCGAAAUCGCGAUGCAAACCAAGCUGUUAAUUCUACCAGUCAAUGUGAUGAUGUCAGCAAGCACUCGGUACAGUGGAGCAAUAAGUCAACUUUAAUCCCCCCUGAACCGUGUUGGCACAUGCACUCGGAUUCGACAGAUGUUAUGCUGCCCAGCAAAACAGGGGAUCCUAUUCGUUUGGGCACAUCAGCUCAUUCUGUUUCCUCACCAAGUACAGGAUCUUCUGAAGUGCCUUAUGUGGGGUCUUCUAUUCUUUCUGGGAACCCAUCACUUGUAAACAAUGCUACGUUGAACAUAACCCCUAACCCACUUAAUGAUGUUAUGGCAGUUUCACAGUCAUAUGGCAAUAAUAAUACUGAUCCAUAUGGUCAAGGUAAACGGGCUGUUAGUGCUUAUUAUGGAGUCAAGGAUCCGGAAAAGAUCUUGGACUCCAGUAUGAAUCCAAAUACAAUUUGGAUGCAACAGCAUAUAUGGUCGAAAUCAGUUCCGCAGCAUUUACAUGGUCUUAAUCCUACUGAUUCUGUAUCUAACUCAGUAUCGAAUUUUUGUGGAGUUUCUACUACAGAAACAAAUCGUCAUACAAGUUCAAGUGUUCCUGAUGUCGACCAAAUACACAAUUUCUUCCCAAGACUACCUGCAUUUGAUAGAGUUGUUCAGUCUAAUUCGAAUCAUCCGUAUUCAAUGCCAUCCAAUACAGUCCAGAAUCCAUCAAAUAUAAUGGAGGAUGAAAGAGGUUUUUUGAGACCUGAUGGAUCAGAUCACCCAGAUGAACAUAUGUGGUUAUAUGAAGAUCCCCAAGGUCGAACGCAAGGUAGUUUUAGUGAUGCUCAGAUGAAUGAGUGGCUUAUGGCUGGGAUUUACUUUACUCCAACUCUUCGUAUACGACGUAAAUGUGAUGACACAUUUUCUACUCUAGCUAGUUAUACCCAACUAUUUGAACGUGUUCCUUUUGUUCCUGGCCCUCGGAUACCUCCCAUCCAAGGAGGAAUUAGCCAGGCUAUGCUAUCAUUUUCUAAUUCUUCUUGUUUGAACAAAAUCAACGUCAAAAGCUCAGAAAAUGCUCCCGUUGACUUGACAUCGUGCGGUAAUUCUAAUAGUCACGACCACUGUGAAGGUAAUCUAGUGAAUCCAGGUAUCAUUGGGACUAAUUCAGUAGAUGUGAAUCGUGUGUUAUUAUCUGAAUCACAGCGCCAGUUAUAUCAGCAUCUUACAGAUUUCCAGACAACUGCUUCUAAUAUCACAACCAAUGCUAGUGGAACAUCGGUUUCUUCAUGUCAGCUUAGUGAAGAGAGUUUGCACAAUAUGAAACUCAGAAAUCCUUUGUAUGGUGUAAGUAAUACAUCUGCUCCAGUUAGUACACCAAUCUCCUUGUUAAACAAUUCGAUCAGUAAUCUGAGACUUGGUGAUUCCACGGAAGCUGACUUUAAAUCUGUAUUAGACAACUCUCAUAAUCUACAGCAGCAAAGGCAGCCGGUGACUUCAGCCUCGAAUUUCAUGAACUUAUCUUCUUUAGCGCAAUUGAACCAGUCUUUCCCAUCUUUUAAUUUUCAAUUACCUGUUAGACCUCAAGCUGAAAAUGGGACUACUAUCGACGAUCUCACCGCAACAGCCAACUCAUUUCUGUCCCCUGGUUUCUGGUCCAUUUUAACUCAGUAUUUAAACCUGAAUCCACCCCCUACAAACCAGACUUCUACUCCCAUGCAGCAAUUGGCGGAGACGGCACAGUUAGCAGCCCAGCUUGCAGCUUUAGUUGGAUCACACAGUCCGGAUCAAACACCUAUGCAACCUGCUCAAGCAUUAGCUCUAGCACAGUUUUUGAUGAAUCGAGGUGUUGGAUUAGGGGUUGGUAACACAGCACCCAACUGUUCCAAUAUUGGUCCAAACAACUCAAGAAAAGAUGAGUCUUUCGAUGAAGUAUCUAGUGCCAACUCAUCUACUUUGAAUAAUUCAGGAUCUUGUGGUGUAAACGAAAGACGCCAGGAAUCACAGACACAAUGGCCUACUCUUAGUUCUUCAGUGAAUCGAAAUUCAUCUCAUACUGGUGAUGGGAGGUAUAGUUCACAAAACAAAACAUCAGACUUGUCAUAUGGAAAAAACUGUACGAACAGUUUACCAGAGAAUUCAUCUAAUGUUAAUUCAAAUGUGCAUGCUCACCGUUCAACGCAUAUAAAUAAAUCACAAUCAACAGUUACAAAAUCGUCAAUUAGUCCUCGAUCAACAAAUGCUAAGUCUAAAAGUCUGUUAGAUUCAAGUUCAUCCGAGCCUGUGAUGGUGACAUCUCCAGAUAAAUCAAGUUCAUUGGAUAAUGAAUACAAUCGAAGUCAGCAGAAUGGUAGAUCGACAAAGAACACUGAAGUUUCUUCUAAUGUUUCUUCACGUGGCACUGAAGUGAAACAGAAUUUAAAUAAUCUAUCCCGAACUGGAUCCACAACUCAAAGUAAAACAAAGGCUAAGCAAACAUCUGGUGGACAUUUGGAACGCGGACAAGUGUCAGACGCUCGUUUUGCACGUCUCGAAUCUGAUUCUGGACAUUCAUCAAAUGCCACAGGAGUUAAUAAUGCAAGUGCAAACAACCAAAAAUCACUGAAUAAUUCGAUCGCUAAAGCAAACAAUAUUCGGUCACCUACAAAAGCAGUUAUUCAGAACAACAAUUCCCCAUCGCCUCAGUCAAACACUAGCGGGAAUCUUCGUUCAUCUGAGACUACAUUCUCAUCAGUUGUAUCGAAUUCAGAAACAGAUUCUGAUCAGACAGUUGAAGAAGAACUUAAGAAGCUGACACAAUGGUGUCAGUCAAGGCUUAGUUCAAUGCCGAUGCGUGAGAAAGUUGAUAUUCCAACGGUUGUUGAAUUGUUGGCUACACUGGAUGCUCCUUAUGAAGUUGAACGAAUGGUACAGACAUUUUUGGGCGAAACAGCUCGCACAACUCAGUUUGUCAAAGAUUUUCUUGAUCGUCGUCGACCUUUUUGGCAGCUUCAUAGAAAACGGCGUGAACAAGCUAGUAGUAUGGAAGAAUCUACGGGUCAGAAUUCUACAAGUCAAUGUGUCAGUACAGUUCGAUCAUCUGAGAAAAAGAAGCGUGCAAACCCAAAUGAUAGCAAUACACAGCGCCAGAAUUCCAACACUUGCAACGGUCUUAGUUGGACGAAAUCAGAUUCCGUCCACCCACCGAAUGCUGAACAGAUCCAGGAUAAUCAGUGGCAUCAUAUCAAACCUAAAGGAAGUCAUAAUCGUAAAAGCAAAAAAGAUAAAUCGACAUAAAAAAAAUAGAGAGAAUCUUGUGCAUCACUUGUUUCCCGUUAAUUCUUUCAGUACACAAUCAAAGCAAUCCCUAAGUUCUUUCGUUUCACAAUUGCUUUUAUUACCUUGUUCUUUAUUAUUAUUUUCUCUCGUUUUGUUUUCUUUUCUAUUCAAAACUGUGUAGGUGUAAAUUGUUUAACUUUUUUUUCUCUUGAAAUUCUGAUCGAUCUCAGUGUGUUAUGCUUUCUAUACAUACACAUACUUGUCUCAUUUUGAAAUUGCUUCUGAUAAUCGUGAUCUAACGGCGGUUUGUUUUUUUUUAGAAGAAAAAAAAUAAGAAAACGAAACAUCGUCGUGAUAUUGCAGUCUUUUGAAGUUGAUGAUUGUAAUUUCUCCUAUUUUUUAGGUGACGAAUUUAUGACCUUGACUUUCAAUGCUUAAGGUUUCUUGUGUGUGUGUGUGUGCAGGUAUUCUGCGCAUUAUCGUUUAUUUGACAGAUGAAUAUGUAUAAUGUAUAUAUCUAUCUAUCUAUCGAAUUUAAUCUAACCGAAUCCAAUCUAUCUAUAUCUAUCUUACAGUGAUGGUUGCAAUGCGAACUUAUUUUCAAAUUUCUCGUUUUUUUCCUUUGAAUCAAUAUAUUGCUAUAUAUUCUUAUUAAUUAAAAUAAUAAUAAUAAUUACAAUUACAAUUAUAAUUUAUUAUUAUGUGUCAUGUUAAUAAUAAGGUAUCAGAGUUAUCAAAUUAUCCUUUUCUUUCGUUUUUUCAACAUGUGAGAAGUAACACACACACACAUGUGCAAUUUCAUACCUACAUAUAUAUACACAUUUAUAAAUAGCAAUAGUUACAAUAGUUAAAGAGAAAUAUGUAUUAUAUUACAUGCAGUCAGCCAGUUAUUUUAGGCGAUUUGCGAAUAAUGGUAUAACAUUUAAAUGUGGUACAACAGUUUUUGUUUUUCAAGUGUUGGUUUGCAGGGAUUCUAUUUGUUUCAGAUUAGACAAUGGAUUGAUAUCAGUUAGAGAACUAUUGGAAAACCAGUAGUAGGGAGUACUGGACA